AUGAAAUCCCUCCUCUUUCUCUCACUCGCGCUCAGCGCAACAGCUCACCCCUCCUCAACACACAAUGAGGAAGUCCACGCGGCCCACGCAGCCCUCCACGAAGCCCGCGCCCUCCCAACGGCCGGCCUCGAACUCGGUCCCCACAAGUCGCUCCUAACCGGCUACUCCUUAACCUGGCAAGACGAAUUCAACUACCCAACGGGUUCGCUGAAACAACCCUCAACCUCAAAAUGGAUCUACGACACCGGCACGCAAUACCCUGGCGGCCCGCCAAACUGGGGAAGCAACGAGCUCCAGACAUACACGAACUCCAUCAACAACAUCUACAUCACGCCAGAGGGCUGGCUCCGCAUCAUUCCCCGGAAAGAAAGUAACGGGAAAUGGACAAGCGCGCGGAUCGAGACCGUCCGCAAGGACUUCAAAGCCAACCGCGGCGGGAAACUCUUCGUCGAGGCCAAGAUCAAGACGGGCUGCGCGUACCCGGAGCUCUCCAAGGGGAUCUGGAACGCCUUCUGGGCAUUGGGCGCCGACUUCCGCGGGAACUACCAGAACUGGCCAUACACAUCUGAAUGGGAUAUCCUUGAAGUCAUCAACGGGCAGGACACCACCUACAACACACUCCACUGCGGCACGGGCCCUGGCGGCGUCUGCAACGAGCCCUCGGGUCUCUCGAACGGGGGCACGCCGUGGACCAAGUGCGCGUGGCACUAUGUUGGCUUCGAGGUUGAUCGCACGCAGGUUACGGCGGAUGGGGUUGAGCUGUGGAGGAAUAAUGUGCUCAACUGGUAUGUGGAUGGGAAGAAGACAUUUUCGCUUACAGGGCGCGAUGUCAAUGAUUAUGAUACGUGGUACAAGGUUGCGUACCAGGGGCAUUUCCUUCUGUUGAAUGUCGCUGUUGGUGGGGAUUGGCCUGGGGCGCCGAAUGCUCAGACGAAGGAUCUGGCGUCGACGAGGAUGAUGGUUGAUUAUGUGCGUGUUUGGAAUAAAUAA